AUGGAACUCUCAGGCCCACUAGCUAUUCGCUUCCUCCUAAAAUAUUUGGAUAAUCCGUCGGAACCGGGAUACUUUCGACCAUGGGUCUGGGUUAUCUGGCUCUUCUUCGGUCCGGUCAUUGGAUCUCUCGCUAUGCAAUGGUAUCUGUUUUUAACUUCCAGUUGUUUUGUCCGUGCCGAGGCUAUCCUAACGCAGGUCAUCUUUGAGCACUCAUUGCGCCUUCGAAUGGUCACGGAAGCGGCCAACAAGGUUUCCGGGACGAACGAUGCAGCGAGCGAACUCGAGCGGCCUGUGACUGCAACUGAAGAAGCGGACGGGAGCGAGUCUGCGACCAUAGCCGCAAGCGCAGACUCGAUCGGUGCCAAAGGGAACGAACAAACUGAUGAUUCUGGGUCAAACAUCGUUGGGAAGAUCAACAACUUGAUGUCCACGGAUCUAGGUAAUAUCCUUGAAGGCCGUGAUUUCUUGUUUCUUGUCACAUAUGCGCCGUUUGAAAUCGUGUGCUCUGCCAUAUUACUUUACUGGAUCUUAGGGUGGAGCGCCGUAGUUGGUAUGGUUUGCAUGGUGUUGUUCUUCCCUUUGCCCCGCAAGGUUGCGCAACUCGUCAACGGAAUCCAGGUAGAGAAAAUGAAAAAGACUGAUGCAAGGGUCCAAGGUAUCACCGAAGUGAUGAGCGUGAUUCGUAUGAUCAAGCUGUUCGGCUGGGAAAACAAAAUCAAAGCUCAAGUAGAUGCCAAACGUGAAGACGAGUUGCAUUGGUACAAGAAGAAGCGCGUCCUGGUAUUGUUUAACCUCGUGACCAACUACACACUUCCGAUGAUUGUUAUGAUGAUUACCUUUGCGUGUCAUACUUUGGUAUUCAAGCACACUCUGGACGCGUCGAUGGUAUUCUCGUCGAUUGGGGUAUUCGAGCUUCUUCGUAAUCAGCUGCAUUUUGUAUUCUCGGAAAUCACCACCGCCGUCCAGGCAAAGGUGUCAUUAGACCGAGUAGAUGAUUUCUUGAAGAACAGCGAGCUUCUUGAUGCAUACGCCCGAAAUACCGUUGGCACCUCUGUCGAAUCUACAGGACCCCACUCGUCAGCGAUUGGAUUCCACAAUGCUACAUUUACGUGGACCAAACGGCCGACUUUAGCAUCCACCUCCUCGACUCGCAACUUUAAGCUAGUAAUUGACCAGGAACUCUUGUUCCAUCGCGGAAAGAUUAAUAUGAUAGUCGGGCCAACAGGAUGCGGUAAGACCAGUUUAUUAUUGGCGCUAUUGGGAGAGAUGCACUUUACGCCAGACUCUUCUGAUUCGUGGUUUGCGCUCCCCAAGGAAGGUGGUAUCGCUUAUGCAGCACAAGAAGCCUGGGUCUUAAAUGAUAGUAUUCGGAAUAAUAUACUAUUCGGGUCGGAAUAUGAUGAGGAUCGUUACAAGGAGGUUCUUUCCCAAUGUGCACUCGACAAGGACAUGGAAUUAUUCGAUGCGGGCGAUCAGACGGAAGUUUCCCUCGGUAACAAUGGUCAAGUUAUUAAUCAAGGUCACGUUUCUGAGGUCCUUCGCGUCAAUGCUCGCUUCAGGGCCGAAGUCGAGCAAGAAAAGGAAGUGGAAGAAAAAGCGGCCCAGGCUACUAAUGAGAUGGACUCCGAGAGAGAAAAGCCGGUGAAUGCGGGAGGAGAUGGCAAACUAAUGGUGCAAGAAGAAGUGGUAGUAGGGCAUGUUGGGUGGCCCGCUCUCAAGUUAUUCUUGCUCUCAUUUGGCGGACUCCGGUUCUGGAUAUUCUGCUUGGGUGCAUUCAUGCUUUCGGAUGCGGUACUUACACUUCAAUCAUAUUGGGUUGGUGUUUGGGCCAGAGCCUAUAACGCUCACCCUGGCCACCCCGAACAAGUCAAUGCAACGAUGUACCUGGUUGUUUAUAUCGCGAUCUGCUUUGGUGGUGUAUGUCUAUAUGCUGGUGCAUACAUAUUGCAUAUACUUGGAUCAGUUCGUGCCGCACGCCGCAUACAUGAACAGCUAAUGGCUUCGAUUCUCGGUGCACCCCUUCGUUGGUUGGAUUCUACGCCAAUUGGAAGAAUUGUCGCUCGUUUUACUCAGGAUAUCCGGUCUGUGGAUGAAACGCUCCCGCUACAACUUGAGAGUAUUUUCAGCACUUCGUUUAAUAUGUGCUCGUCUUUCCUUGUUAUUGUAAUAUUUUCUCCACAAUUCACUAUCCCGGGCAUAGCCAUCCUGGUUGGAGGUAUCUGGAUUGGCCAGAUAUAUAUCCAAUCACAGCUUUCAAUAAAACGCGAAAUGUCCAAUACUCGUUCUCCCUUGUUCAGUCACUUUGGCACAGCACUAGCAGGAAUCACCUCGAUCCGCGCUUAUGGGGUACAAGAGCACUUCAAGAACGAAGCAAUGGAACGCGUUGAUAAAUACACCAGGGCUGCCAGAACCUUUUAUAAUCUCAAUCGCUGGAUUUCCUUCCGCAUGAACGCGCUCGGUGGUGUCUUUGCAGCCGGCUUGGCUGCAUACUUGGUAUAUGGAGGCUCUUCGCCAGAUGCUAGUAACACCGGGUUUUCGCUUAAUCGGGCUGUCGUGUUGUCGAGUGGUGUUUUUUGGUGGGUACGGAUUUUGAACGAGUUCGAAGUACAAGGGAACAGUCUCGAGAGAAUCAAGAGCUAUAUUGCUAUCGAACAAGAGGCCGCACCCGUCCCAGAGAAAGUGCCCCCAGCACACUGGCCUAGCUCCGGGAAUAUUAUUGUUGAGAACCUCAGUGCGCGUUAUUCCUCGAACAGUCCUAUAGUUCUUCAUGGGUUAUCAUUCGAGGUCAAGAGUGGCGAGCGUAUUGGGAUAGUUGGAAGAACAGGAAGCGGAAAAAGUUCACUAACUCUUUCACUGCUCAGGAUGAUACCGACUGAGGGAAAUAUCUACUAUGAUGGUAUACCGACUCAUGCUCUCAAUCUCGAUGCCUUACGCACCAACAUUACGAUAAUACCCCAACAACCCGAGCUAAUGAGUGGGACGGUUCGUCAAAACUUGGACCCAUUCGACGAGUAUGAUGAUGCCUUCUUGAACGCGGCACUCCACUCCGCCGGCUUGGAAUCUAUUCAACCAGAAGACCCCCAAGAUCGCAUAGGAUUAGACUCUGGGGUCAGCGCAGGAGGGAGCAAUUUCUCACUCGGGCAGAGACAGAUACUCGCUCUAGCUCGAGCCAUUGUACGCAGGAGCAAAAUACUGAUUCUGGACGAGGCAACAGCCGCCAUCGACCAUAAUGCUGAUACGGCCAUUCAAUCAUCAAUUCGUACCGAGUUGCAUGGCAUGACAUUGAUUAUCGUGGCCCACCGCCUACAAACUAUAUGCGACGCAGACAAGAUAAUGGUGCUUGAUUCUGGGAGGAUUGUUGAAUUUGAUUCACCAGCCAUAUUGCUUCGGAAGCAAAAUGGCGCGUUUAAAUCCUUGGUAGACGAAAGUGGCGAUAAGGACUACCUCUACGCGAUGGCCAACGGUCAAAGAAAGUAG